AUGGCUCAUUUGGAUUCCUUUAGCUCCCCUUUGAUCUGGCAUCAUCCUUGGUUUGUAGCUACAAAUUUGAAAUGCGUUUUGGCGCGUAUUUAUUGGAGGGUGUGUAGAGCUCUAGCUCAGGUGCUUGCACCACCUCCUUUCAGUUGGGUCAUUUCUGGAUCUGUUAGUGAAUCUCAGGUGGGCUAUGUUUUGAGGAAUGUUUGGCUUGUUGUGGAGUUUCUCUUUGCUGGUGGCGGCGGCUUGGAGUUUCUCUUUGGUUUUGGAGGCUAG